AUGAACAAUGAUCGCCAGAGGAUUGAAAUUGCUCUGAGAUUGACGGUUUUCGGGCUUCUGAAUGAAAUUCUUACGGUAUGAGGGGAGACGUUGACCUCUAGAGAAUCUUUGAUUCUGAAUGUGUAAGGGGAGGAGAUUAGUUUUGCUGUGAGCAGUUCGAUCACCUUGAUUUAAAGUUGCAUAUUUUUUUUUUGAAGUUUAAGGGGGACACUGGAAGAUCCUCAUAGGCUUGAUAUCUUCUGAGGAAUACAGAAAUUGAGCCUGAACCUAGGGUUCUGAAGAUUCGGUGGGCAUGUUGACUCGGUCUCUCAAAAACAGUGCGUGAAGAAGUGUGUAAGCGAUCGCGGCCACUUGAGAGCCCCGGACGCCCCUCAUUAGUACUUGUUCUGUUCUUUUUUUCUCGUUCUGUUUCUCGUCUACCUGAUCUAGAUUUGCGAAAAUGGAUCAAGAACGAAUAAAAUAUUUGAAUGAAUGGGGGCUUAAAAAACGAAAAGGUUAUUAUAGAGAGUUUAGUUUUGAUUUUUUGAAUUUUAUCACUGUUUUGAAUUUUUUUUUUCCUUUUUUUUUCCUUUUACCUUUUUUGAAUUUUUGAGCAUGGAUUUCUAUAUAACUUUGCAAAAAAACGUAAAAAAACUCGGAUGCAGAAGAUUUAUUUCGGAAGAAGGGCUAUGGACCUUCCAGAUUUUUCGAUUUAUUUGUUUCAAGGCUUACCGAAAAUAUGACUUUUUUCGCUUGGCAAUCUUUUUUUGAGACAUUUCUGAAAAUUAGAACAUCCCAAAAAGAUUCCUUGUGUUCGAUUAUCACUCAAGAGAAGAAAAACUCGAGUUCCAGCCAAGAGUUUAUUGAAAACGACACGCUGUCAUGUUUUUUCAUCUUCCCAUUACUCAAAGCUCGUCUUUUUUAGCUCGCCCCUAACUCCGGCCAGUGUUGCCGCUUUUUUAGCUUUUUCUUUUCACUUCCAGUUUUCGGCUUUGAGAAACUGGAAACUUGGAUUUUGUAGAACUUCUUUCAAAAGGAGGAUACAUAUUAUUUUUUUUUUAGACGUUAGAGCUUUUAAAUGAUUAUAACUGAAUAAAAUUGAAUAUGUUUGGCCCUAAUUCACUUGAGAAGUCAGAAUUUUUCUCAUCAGUGAUUAAACUUAACGGAGAAAGUCUGAGUCGUUCAGUGAUCACUUAAGAGAUUUUAGAGUCACUCAAGUGACCACUAGAGAGGUAGACACUGCUCUUAUCAAUAGCUUCAACUGUAAAGGAAAAUCGACGAGUUUUUCUACUCCGAAAAUUCUGAAUAAAAUCGACAGUUAGAAGGGUUUUUUAGACAAAAAUUGCACAUUUUUGAAAGUUUUAUUGAUUUUUCCUGAGUUUUUCGGUGAUCUGGAGCGUCCAUAUAAUUCGCAUAGAAAGUUGACCCAUCAAUCACGAGAAUCACAAAAAAAAAUCAUCGAUUAGAACGGUUUUUCUGAAUAAAAUCGACAAUUAGGACGAUUCUUUAGACAAGGAAUCGCCCAUUUUUGACAGUUUUAUUAAUUUUUUGUGAGUAUUUUGGAAUUCCAAGCGCCGCUGUAGUGUUCAUAGACAAGCAGUUCAUCAAUCAUGGUUAUUGAAUUUUUAAAAAUAUGGAUACUUAUUCAAUUUUGAAUAUUUUCCCUCCUACUAUAAUUUUUAUAAUUUCGCGAGGCCUCCUCAUCAAUCACGACAAGUAGAUGACCGUUUUUGAGUUUGCGGUAGGGACAGCUGCAGACACAUGCUGUUUGAUUUGGCUGCCCCCUGUUUGCAGGUAGAUCUUCCUUCCCUUUGGUUCGGUCAUCAGCAGGGCUGUCCAUUGUUAGCCUUCUCCUCCUGUCUCAUUAAUCCCACUGGUCAAUCCUCCCCCCUUUCCGUCGUUUACAACGGCACCUACCGUUGCGCAAUCGCCACACUCUCGACGACGUGUCAAAACUCGGUAAUACCGGUGUUCUGGCACACCAGGAACACACCUUGUUUGUUUUCCUGUCCACAGUUUUUAUGAGGGUCAAUUGGAUUCGCUUUUUUGCUGCAUAAGAUGUUCAGGAUUGGAUAUUUCAUUCAUUGACAAGAAAAAAAAAAUCCAAAAUUGAAAGACGGUGAAAAUUAUCCAUGGAGCGCAUUAUCACUAGAUUCCUUGGCUCACUGAGGCAUCACAGUGUCGCGAACACUUCUUAAGGGAACCCUAAAGUGAUUUAAAUCCCCUGUAUGCAUCACAGUGACACUGGUACUUCUUAAGUGAUCUCUAAUGAAUUGUUUUGAAUUCUUCGUACAGAAGCACGCCUUGAUUUUGUUGUACUUAUCCUUAGCUUUUAUGAAAAUCAAUAAAAUCCGUUUUUUUGAUUGGAUGAGUAUGAAAAAACAAAAACUUGAAGUUACUUUCCAAAAAUACUGAUCAUCGAGAUUUUUUAAGGCUUCUGAGCACUUCCAAAUGUCUAUCCUUCUGAAUUAUUUAGUGAUAACUUCAGAGGUUUGAUGCCACUUAAGUGUUCACUUCAUUUUUCAAAGACUAAAGUGGUUCUAAAAUCUUGUGAGGAAGAAUCAUAGUAUCGCAACUCUCGAAAUGCUUCAAAAACACUUAAGGGAUCACUAAACGCUCAGAAGUCUAGGAAAAUUUUGAAGAUUGAAAAGAUAGUACUGAGACAUUAUGGCGCUUUCUCAGAGGAUUCUACGACUUUGAAGUAACUACUAAAGUGGUUCCUAAGUUUUCUAGGGGUCACCAGAAAAGUCAAAAGGAGUGAAACCACUAAAGUGGCCACUAAAACGAGGAACAUUGAUAUAAUCUUUUUACCAGACCUUCGAAGAACCUGGCUUCUUUAUGCUCUCAAGACUAGUUUUAUAGUUCUCAAACUUGGCGAGGAGUGAAAAGAGAUCGCAGACAAGUCAGAGUGUUUGAAGAAUGACCUAAAAGGAAAUUUUCGAUUGAAAACAGAUCUGGCUUUCAAAAUGACAAGACAAUUUUUUUAUCUUUGGCACUUUUUUCCCGCCCCAGAUCUUUUUCUAUUUGGUCUGAGAACUCAUGAAAAGGCCAAAACCUGGAGGCGAAACGGUUAUUUUAGCUAAUAACCAUAUCCGGCCGGUCUUACGUAAGUAAUUGGUUUGUCAUCGUCAGAAGGGGAGCUGGUCGAGCUGGCCCUGGGAUCCAUCUCAGCUGUCACGGCUCCGCCCGCUUUGUCGGCGGCGCCGCCUUCUUUUGCCCGUUGGCCACGCCUCCAAUGUCCGAAUGUCGCACGUCUUCGAUCUAUCACCUUCUUUUACUUGUUGUUAUUAUUAUUGAUUUUCAUUUUACUUAGAAUUUCAACUUUUUAAAAUUUUUAUUUGUUGCAUUUCUUGUUAUUUUUUGUCUCCAGUGUUCGAUGUCUCACAUUGGCGAUUUAUCACCUCCUCUAACUUCUCCUUAUCGCUAUUGAUUUUUAUUCGAAUUGAAAUGUAAAGCCUUUUUUUUUAGCGAUUUUCCCCUCUAAUAGGGCUUUUCCAGUUAUUUUUGAUUAUUUUUUAAAAAUUGGAUCACUAAACCUUCCACAUAGGAUCCAGUUCAUUUCCGAGCGGCGAAUUUCGCCAAGAAAAAUUUAUUAAAAUCUUCAAAAUUAUUUUUCUGACGUCUUUUGGGUUACUGUAGCCUUUAACAUUGCAAACACCGCCACGAACUCGCUGAAAAUUGUUUUUACGCGAAUUUUUUCGAAACUUUUUUUUGCUUUGUUUUUUUUUUUGCGUAUAUUGUUAUAUUCAUCCGUUUUUAAUUUUUAAUGUGGUUUGAGUAACUUUCAGUUUUCACUUGGCAAGAACAACUUUUUUUUCUGAGACUGCCCUUCAUUUUUUUCUCUGUUUUCUUACAAUUUCCAAUGUUUUUUUUCGUUCAAUAACUGUAUUUUUUUGUUGGAGUAUUUUUUUCUUGAUAUUGUUCAAAAAUUGAGGUCGAAAAAAAUCUAGAAGUUUUCAUUUUUUUCGGAAAAAAACGGGUGUCUCGUUACUCAGCUCUGGAUUCAAAGAAAUUACUUUUUAUUUUUUUGACUUUUCUUCCUAUUUUUUUUUUUUUUCCCAGAACGUUUGAAAUUUAGUCAUUUCAUUUUUAAUUGAAAGAAUACCAUGAUAUCCAAACCCUCAGAGCCAUUUCGAACGCCUUUUAGAAGCUUUUAAGCGUCGCCAAAUUGUUUUUUUUUUUUUCGUUCCCGGCCACUUUCCUCCGGUCAGAAAAGCCUUCUAAGUGGCGGGUUUGCGGAAAACAAUGCACUCAAUUCCUUUUCUUUUCCCACGUCGCCCUGUAUUUUCAGCUUCUUCACUUUUUGUGGUCUAAAUGCACCCGUUGAAAUAUUCAUUAUUGUGCAAUUAGGCCGAACUUCUCCAUUCUCUGAGGUUAAGCCUCGCCGUAUUAGUCCCCGGCGGCUCGUAUCAUUAAUUAUAAUGGGACCUGGAAGCUCAGACCAUGAAAAGCCGGCGGCACGUUUUUUUUUGAAGGUUGUAAUCCAGGAGAUUUAUUGCUUUUCUGGAGGGGUCUUGUAAAGUUUUUUGGAAGGGAUUUUUUUGUCUUUUUUAGGGAAGUAGUAGACGAAAUAGCUGUUUACUACUCUCCAAAAAAGUUUGAAUCGAAUAUUCGAAAAAUUAAUAGUAUCAAUUUUUUUUUCUUUGAUGAGUUUUCAUAAGUUUAAUGGGAUUUUAGAAAAGUUAGAACUUUCCGAAAAUGGAAAAUUUGAAAAAAAGAUUUUAUUUAAAUCAUAGUAUUGAAGGACUUAACACGAAAUUUCAGCUGUUAGGAAUUGAAAAAUAAUAUAUUUUUUUCUAAUUUUCGAAUUUUUUUCAGAGCGGCCCUGUUUAUCAGGUUCAUGUAAAUUUUUCGUAUUUGGUUUAAAUUUUUUUUCUGUUUUUUUGUGAUAUUUUUUUACUUAUCUAUUGAGGAGCUUCACAGUUUUAUAACAAGUUUAAUAUUGUAAAUUCAUCUUUUAUUCUAUUUUGAAGCUUUCAGAAAUAGUUUCAAGGCGCAAUUUUUCGACUGUAAUCGACUUUUUUUUUGACUAUUUUUAAAGUUUUCAAGGCGUUUUUGUGAUUUUUGGACUAUUUUUCUUGCCGAAUAAGGAUUGCUUGAACUUCUUGAAAGUUUCGAAAUGUUUUUAGCCAUUUCUCAGCGAAAAAUCCUAAGAAACUUAGUAGCGACCUCAUAGAUUGUUAACUUCAGUAGAACAAAAAAAACCUAUUAUUUUCAAUAAUCUUGGUUAGUGAUUUUUUUUUGGAAAGUAUCGAAACGUUCUAUUAACUUUUGACAGACCUCCCAGCUUGUUAUUCUAGACUGAAACUGUGAAAAAAGCUAUAAAAAAAGGAAGAGAUGGCGACACGGACAUGAUUUACAUGCAAAAGCGGUGGACAAAGGGCGCCAUUUGGCCGCGGCGGCACCGUAUGUCCGUUCCUCCAUUCCAUGUCCCCCAUGUGUGUUCCUGUCAGACGUCGUCUUCUUGGCUCGAAAACAUCCUGCCAAGAACCAACUUCUUUUGUAUCCACGUUCCUUCCUUGCAGCCGCCACCUGCCACACCUGUUCGUCCUCCCAGACUUUUCCUCUUUUUUCUACCCGACCGCAACUUUUUUCCUCUCUGGAAGGCGAGAAGCGGCGGUGGGAUUCUUUGAUGUGUUUCGGAGAAGUUCCGGUCGUCGUCUUUUUUUUUCUUUCUUUUUUCAAAUAUCUUAUUUUCAGUUCUCAUCCCUCAUUGAUUCGAUUUUUUUCCUUUUUUUUGCAAUCUAUUCAUCAGUUGGCACACAAGUAUCCUUUUUUUGAAAUUGUUCGAAUUUUCUCAGCCGGCUAACAUCAUCAGAUUGUAUUUUUUCAUUGGUUUUUCUGUAUUUUUUAUUAAAGAAAGGCUUAAAAAUCCGACCGCAACUUUUUUUUCCCUCUCUGGAAGGCGAGAAGCGGCGGUGUGAUUCUUUGAUGUGUUACGGAAAAGUUCCGGUCUUUGGCUUUUUUUUUGUCUGAAAGGUUUUUGAAACUUUUAGACCCUUUCAAUUUCCGAUUUUUUGUCAUCUUUCUAUCGACUUUCUCUCCAUACAAAAUUUACUUCGUGUGAAAAUUUCAAUUUUUUUUUCAAUUUUUGAAGCCGCUCCCAGUAUCAGCCAACCAUACUUUUUUCCAUUUUUCCUCACCUUCUUAGGUAGAAUUUUGAAUUAACAGACCUCGUUAGUUUUGAUUACAACCUCAAAAAAAUCUUUUAACUUUUUUUUUUAAAAUUCCGUUCCAGUUUGAAAUUUUUUCUUCUCAAUUUUCGUGUGAUUGCAUUUUUUUUUUGCUUUGAAAGCGUGUUUUUGACAUUUUUUGGAUUUUUCAUGAUGAAUUUCGCCGAAUUUCACAUGAAUAAUUAAAAAUUUUGAUGGUUUUUAUGUCCCGAAAGGGAGAUUUUUGAAUAUUUUCGAAAAAAACCGCUUUGAAAUUUUUUUGGUUAAUUGAAAAAAAUCAUUAGGAAGAAGCUCGAUUUUUAUGCUAAAUCUCUGAAAUUCUGAACUUAUUUCGAAAGAUUAAGUAACUUUCCAAGUUAUUUUGAUACUCAACCAUUGAUCUCUUGUUUUCCGCAAUCAAUCCGCGUUUUUUUUCAACUCGUGACAUUUAAUAUAUUCAAUAUUGUGUUUUUGCAGAAAUGCGGCGAUGCGCCUUUUCGUGUUAACAAAUUUCGUGGCAUUGGCGUUAUGCCAGGCGAUAAUUUAUCACUCGCCGGCGUUGAUCGACGACGUCAUCGUCUCCGGAGACACGGUUCGUCGGGCUUCUCCUCUUUCCCCCUUUUAUUUCGCCGCCAAUUUGUCGGAGGCGGCCGAUUUUUUUGAGCCUAGAUGAAAGGGGAUUAAUGAGUUUUGAGGUGUAAGAAUGGGUUGGAUAAGGUUUAGAGGUUAUUUUAAUCGAAUGAUGAGGUUUGAUUGGGUUGAAGAGGGUCCAUGUCCCCGUUCAAACAUGCUUAACUCAUUUCUGGUCAGCUUGGAAUAGAAAAAUUGAAGGUUCAGGGGCAGAAGUGAUAUCUAUCUAAAUUGUUUAGGUAAUAGUUUGAAGAAGGUUUAGAAGUUAAUUUACUUGAUUGAUGGGUUCUGAUUGGUGUAAAAAUGGUUUGAAGAAGGUUUAGAAGCUAAUUUACUUGAUUAUUGAUUUCUUAUCGGUGUAAGAAUAGAUUUUUAAAAGUGAGGAGUUUAUUUUACUCGAGUUUUGACAGAUGUCAAAGUGAUGGUUUGAGGGAGGUUUAGAGAUAAUUUUACUUGAAAUUUUGAGUUUUUCCUGGACUCCGGAUGAGUUUGGCCAGAUCUUUAAGGUAUUGAUUAGUUUUCCUGGCUGAUUUGGGAUCUGCGCUAGAAAAGAGCCCAGAGAGGAUCUGAUAAAAGAUAGGUCAUUCAAAGUUUUAAAAAAUGAAACUUAUUUUCCAGAUAGUUAUUGUUGUGAAAAGAGGUAAUGGUUUGAAGAUGGUUCAGAAAUAUUUUUACUCGAAACUUUGGGCUUUUCCGGAAGUUUUUCGAAAAUUGAGUCAAAUGAGAUGAAUAAAAUAAUAUUGUAAACGAGAAAUAUGUGGUUUUAAAGCGUAAAUUUUUGAAAACUGCCAUUUUUUUUGUUAAAUCCUCACUUCUUAAGAUCUUCCUAUACAAGGUUCUGGGGUAUUUUGAGUGAUGGUAAUUAUUUUGGGAAUAUAGUCGAAAGAGAUCGAGGCAAAAAACCUUCUUGCUGUCCCCAAUCUUUUUAAAGAUGUAUGUAAUAGUAUCUUCCAUUUUUCUAUCCAAAAAAAGACGUUAAGGGCAGUCAUUUUCCGUUUUUUUGCCACCCAUUCCGGAGUCGGAAAUGAGACGUCGAUUCACCCCCCUUGUGAAUGUGGAUUUGGAGACGUUUUCAAGUGUUCUGCGAGGACAAUGAGCCGAUGGGAAUGUGGCUCUUCUUCCGAGGCACACACGUCUUUGCAACCAAUAUCACGGCUUUUCCUCGUAUUAGGGGCUUUUGGAGUAAGAUGAGCCAAUUUUGAAGGAAUGGUAGGAUUUGGAAAGAUGUAGUUGAUUGGGGAAAGUGAUCUUCGAAACGGAAUGAUAUUUAUCUACCUUUUUUGGUUUUUCCUGAACAGCCAAAGGUAAUCUGGGCUUUCUGGAAGAGCUUUCCGACCUAAUGACCCCUUGAAAAAACGAUAAAUUGACUUGCCAAACUGCUCAUUACCACAUCAAUCAAUAUGAUGCCACUGCGCGCAAGUUGGUCCAGGUCGGACGAACUUGACGCAAAAAUUUUGGAGUUACAUUAAUUAUUUGGCUUGGCCAUUUUGAAAUGAAUCUAUUUUUGCCUCUGUUAGGAAUUUUGAAAUCGAAAUAAUCAAAAAUUGAUAAUUUUCUCAUUUUCUUUGAUUCGACUGACAUUUACGUGUAAGGUUUCUGUUCAUAAGCGCUUCAGAGCAGUUGCAACCGACCAAAAACGACUUGCGCGAUGUAGCAUCGAACAGCAAUAAAGCGAGCUGAUAAAUGGUCAUGGGAAGGUAAAAAAAAAAGCAUAAACUUCAAGAAAAUCGAUAAGUGGUUUUGUGGAGCUAUGAGUUAUUAUAUCAGUUGGGAAAUCUUUAGACCUGGAACUAUACAUGGCUUCUUCUGUGGUUUCAAAAUCUCAAUCAUUAUCUCAACAAGAUUGUGCUACUUCGAGAACGUUGAGAAUUACCAAACCAUCCAGAAACCCAAUAAAUUAACUCGCCAAACUGGCAAUUACCAUAUCAAUCGAAAAAUCUUCGACAUAAAACAUACUCGAACCAUCUGGGGGGAGACCACCACCCGCCGAGUUUAUCAACCAUUUUCCAUCGGUGCACAUUAAACGUGUGCCAAGAAAUAUCCUCGACAUGAUUUACAACAUUUGCGGUAUUCCCUAAGCCAUUCCAAGGUGCAACACGAUUUAUUGCACCUGGCACGCGCCUCGACGUCUUCUUCUUUUUUACCCAUACCUAUUCGAUCUCUCCGCUUUUUGUUGUUUACGAGCUGGUUUUGACCUUCCUUCUCCCUCCGUGUCCGAAAUGCAUUUCAGCCCAUGUUUUUUGAUGAUGGCUAUGAAGGCAGAUAUGGGCGAGAUACUAAAGGCGAAUGAUGAUCCAACUAGGUCAUCUUCAUCAUUCGUUUGGCAGCAAAAAAAGGGUCUAGUUUUUGAGAAGGCUCUGGCAGGAAUGAGGUUGGGGGAAGGGGGGAUUUUUGUUGAAAACUUAUAGAUAAUUCUUUCAUGAUCCAACUAGGUCAUCUUCAUCAUUCGUUUGGCAGCAAAAAAGGGUCUGGCAGGAAUGAGGUUGGGGGGGCUUCUGUUGAGGAAAUGUAGUUCAUUCAUUGAUGAUCCAACUAAGUACCGUUCAUCAUUCGUUUGGCAGCAAAAAGGGCCUGAUUAUUUGAAAAGACUUGAACAGGAAUAAAGGGGGGGGGGUCUAUUUUGAGGUAUUAUAGUUAGCUCGAGACAAUGAUAAGGUUGGAGAUCAGCGAGAGAGCGUGAGAAAGGUAGAGGUCCAGACUUAUUUUUUCUAUGGUUGGGUAAUUUUGGAAGCAGUUUCACACUGGAGCUUUAAUUUUUGCUUUUCAAGGAAACAAGGGAAGAGUUUAGGGGGGUGGUUUAGAAGCGUAGAAAGAGAAAAAAAAUUUUCAACGAGCUUUUUGAAUUUUUCCCUUGCAAGGUGGUCAGUUGAGAAAAACUGCUAGUGAUUAGAAGCUUGAGGAAGGUAUUAUGGCAAUAUUUUCCUUUCCAGGUGGUCAGGCUAGAGCUUAACAAGUUUUGAAAGCAAUAUUUGCAAUCAUCACCCCCUCCCCCUCUGAUAAGUUGAAAAUUGUCUAAAAGCUGUUUUCAAAGGAUUUUUACCCUGAACCUUCUCAAAUUACAUCUUUUCAAGGUGGUGAUCGGAGCGGUGAACUCGCUGAACACGCUCUCCAAGAAAGACCUCCAACAACUGUACAACGUGACGACGGGCCCGGUGCGUGACUCGCAGCUGUGCAGCGCCGACGGCAAGUCAUGUCUGCGCGACGUCAAGCCGACGUUGACCGAUGUCCGGACCAAAGUGCUGAUCCGUCUCCCGGACGGAAUCCUCCACUGCGCGUCUGUUCGUCAAGGUGAAGACUUUCAGGUGGAAUUGAACUGGGUGAGGAGAGGUUAUGGAAUUUUGAGCUUGCCUGCUUUGAACGGGAGGUCUCUAGUUUACUGGAUAAGCAUUUGUUUUUCUGACAAAAAAAAAUUGUUGAUUAAUCCUUGCUGUGAUGCUCUAUAGAACGAUCUGAACACAGAAAAAAGCAAAAAGUUAAGUUUUUUUUAGCUCAGUUUUUGAAAUUCUUCUAGAGUUUUUAGUUCUUUUCAGAGCUAUUUUUUGAACUUAUGGCGUUUCAAAGCUGCACCUCAUCAUAUAAAUUGUGGAAAGAUAACUUUCAGUGACUUUUAGACGUUUAUACCCGACUAAAAAGCUAAAAAUGUAUUCCUAGCGCAGUCGUUAGCGCAGGUGCUCCGUGAGUUUUAGGACGAAAGUUCGACUCCCACGCGCGCCAAACUUUUUUUUGCCAUUUUCCUUUUAUGUAAUGCUUUGAUACUUUCAAGUCAAGAAAAAAAAAUUAAUAAAAGGGUUUUGGAAUAUUUUACAGCUAUUUUAGAGUUUUUCAAAUCACUAAAUGAUAAAAUUUCAUAAAAAUCUCUUAGCCUUGAUGAAUUUUGAUCUCGAACGAAAUUUUGUAUACUUUUUCCAUUUUUCUCUUUUUUCUUUGCGACUUGAAAUUUUUCGAGUGUUUGCGUCUCUCUGUUCCUUCACCGCCGAGGUCAGAGUAAAAUGGAAAUAGCACAACAAUAUGAGAGGGUUGCUGAGAGAACAGGAGGGCGCAGGGUCCCGUCCUUCCAAGUCGAGAAAAAUUCACCAAUUUUUAUAUUUUUGAACAAAAUUUCUUCGUAAUUACCGAUUUUUCAGGCUCUUGCUCGUUCUACUCACCCAAACUACUACUAAAAUCGACUUCAACCGUUCCUGUAGCGGCAAACGACCCGGAAGCAUCGACAGUCGCCCUUCUCGUCGAGGACAAACUCAUGGUGGCGGCUUCUUCCACGACAGAGUCGCCCUAUCGAGAUCCAUUCCCCUCGGUCGCAGUCAGGGACCUCACCGAACUGAGUGUCGUCAAUGCAGGUGGAGCUCUUUUGCAAUGUCGAAUCUAGAAAAAUUAAUUUUUUUUUUUUUGUAUUAUUUCUCAUCAAUGCUUGUUGGAUCAACUUUACAAUCAGAAAAAAAAACGUGCUCUCCAUCACAAAAAGAACCGAUUUCCAGGCGAUUUGGACGGAGAGGCGGCUGUGUUCCUGCGGGCAGCCUACCGCAACGCAUUCCGUUACGUUUACGCAUUCAAGCACGAACAUUUCAUCUUCGUCGUCGCCGUUCAAACGCAGCGACAGAAUCGGCUCAGUUCGGCGACAAAACUCAUCCGUUUCUGUACGAACGACACGAGGUCCGUUGCAGGAAUGUUGGAGGGCUGAUGGGAUUAGUUGGCCGAUGAUGGAUCGUAGGGGAGGUGUAAUAAUUGUAGUGACAAGUUGUUGGGAAACGGGGUUUUCUUGGAAAUUUUGGAAGAAUCGGAAAAAUAGAGAGUUUUGGUUGAACUCUGUUUGAAGCAAAAGCUACAGAAUGAAAGGUUUGAAGGCUUGAAAUUAUCAGGAGUUUUAGACGAUGUUGAUCAGUUAUCGAUCGUAGGAUAAGUGUUAUAUUUGUGAUGAGAAGUUGUUGGAAAAUAUGAUUCUAUCUGGAAAGUUUGAAUAAGAUUGGAAUGGACGUUCCACUUCAAAAAGAAGUUUUGAGAACUUUGAUAAGUUUAAAGGAUCGGUAGAUGCUUCAGAAGCUUCUUAUCAAUUGUUAAUCCAAUUAAACUUGAAGCAUAAACUUUAGAUCGGAGUGUUUGAUAAGCUUAAAGGGUCAGAAGGGGUUUCAGAAGCCUCCGAUCAGGUGUUGAUCCAAAUCAGUUUGAAGCAUUAACUUUAGAUCGAAGUGUUUGAUAAGCUUUCCUCUCCCCCUUGAUUUUUUAAAAGGAUCAUAGGACUUUCGGAAGCUUCUGACCAGUUAUUGAUCCAAUUGCAGAUUGAAAAUUUUGAUAAGUUCAAAGGAUCAGAAAGAAUUUUUGGAAGCUUCUGACGAUCGACUAUAGCUUAAUAUAAAUCAAUAAAGAUGUAUUAUAGGAUAGAUGUUAUUUUUUUUAUGAAAUUUUUUAGGAAACAGGGUUCAUUUGAGUGAUUUGAAAAAGGUUCGAAUGGAUCUAAAUUUGUUCCACUCUGAAGACGAAAUAUUGAAAGUUUUGAUAAACUUAAAGGUUAACAAAGAGUUCUUGAACUUUUGACGAUUUUCUGCAAUCAUCAAUUUUUUUUUUCUCUAACCCACAAGUACUACAGUUAACGGAAAGAUGUGUUAUUCCUGAAGCUUUUGACUGUUUAUUGACUGAUAUUUUGAGAUAAAUUAGUAUUGAUUCAUCGUGGAAGAAGUUUAUUAUUGCUUAUGACAAGUUUUUCGGAAACUGUUCUUUUGUGAUGUUUUGAGCGUUUUUGGAGAAAAAAAAAUCACUGAGUUUUUUCAGUCCAAAGUAAAAUAGGUGAAUUUCUGCAAUAAACUAAAAAUUGUCACAUUUUUCGUCCGUUUGCAAAGCUUAUUGUAGAGCUAUUUAGAAUUAUAUAGGUUUAGAUCAAAAUUUUCUUUGCUUCAUUUCAAAUCAGGCAAGAAACUGCAUUUGCGGGUCAAUAUUUAACCUAACUUAAUGAAAAGAAGCCUGGGAAAUCUUCAAAAAGAUGAUCUGGCUGAUAAGCCAAACAGGUACGUUUCAGGAUAGAUAUAAGUUCGAGAGGAAAUAAAAAAUUGGAUCGUUAUCGGCUCACGUCCCAUUACCUCAAUACCAAUUUGUCCAAUUAACCUGAAAGUACCUUUUCAAGAGGACGCGCCGUGGCAGUAGUAGGGGUAUUGCGCAAGGAAAAGGGGCUCGAGAAGAUCGGAUUUUGGGUUAAUCCUGGUCAUUUCUGCGGUCAUAACCAACAUUCAUCCCCACGGAUUCCCGAUUACUAAUUGCUUGCCGCCCCAAUUGAUUGGGUCAUUUCAUUUUCAUUUUCAUUCGGGAUGCGAAAGAGAAAAGAGCCCAAUCAUCAAAUGGUACUAUUGGCAAGAUUAAUUUGCAGCUUUUGGCGUCGAUUGGAGUGGAAAUUGUUGGAUGGGGCUUUAGGGUUGAAAAAGGCAUUUUCUUGGGUUUUGAUGGUUCUUUGUUUGGAUUCGAACAAGCUUGAGCAUUUAAAAAAUUUUUUAGGUUCGUCUCCUACUCGGAAAUCGAGCUUCAGUGCCGUGGGGAGGACAAUUCCAUAUUCCCGAUUAUGACCUCAGUGGCCCAUAAUGGUUGGUUUUGUUCAAGAAAUUCAAUGAAAAUCAGAUCUUUUUUUGGUCUUUUUAAAAGGUUUUGUUCAGUUUUCAGAGAGAAUCUUGUUUCUGAGAGCCGCGAAUAGGGAAAAAAACACAAAUAGAAAUUGAAGACUCGCUUUUCAAAAUUUGGAAAAUCUCAUUUUCAGCUGAUUUUACGGUAUUUUUUUCGAAAGUUCUUUCAUUGGUCUGAAUUUUGAAAAUUCAAAUCCAGAGGAAUAAAAAUUCUGACCGCCUAGUCCUUGAUCAAAUAGAAGGAAGAAAAAAAGGGGCGUGGCCAGCGAAUUAGAGAUUUUUUUAAAAUUGAGCGGCUAUAGUUUUUUUGAAAAUUCUAGUCAACUGAUUAUUUUUUUCAUAUAAUUUUUUUCAGGAAGUCUGUUGCCCAAAAAGUCAAAAAAAUCAAUUGAAUAAUCAAUUUUUUUUCUUUUUGAAAAACUAUGGGAAACUGUAAAUUUUUCCGAUUUUAUUGCUUAUAUUCAAAGGGCCGCCAAAAAAACUAGAAAGUUCUUUGAUUUUUUUAAGAUUUUAACAACGUUUUCAAGAUUAAAAUUUUUUUCUCUUUUUUUUCCAGAGACCGUCUAGAAAAAAGAACCUUCCUGAAACCGUGUGAAUUUCUGUCAGUUGAGAAGAUUUCGAAAACAGCUUUAAGAGUUCCAAUUUUGCUCAUUUCCAGGAGACCGCUUGAUCGCGACAUUUGCCCAAUCUUCUACCUCCAAGAAAAGUUUCCUCUGCGCCUACUCGAUGCAACGGAUCAAGCUGACCUACUGGUACAACGUGGACAGAUGUCGUGGCGGCACGGAUUCCAUCAAAUUGCCGCACAUUGGAAGGGACUCCAAGUGUCUCAAUGUUCGUGGUUUGAUAGGAAAAUGAUGUGCAGAGUAUAAAAUUACAAAGUACUGGGUAUGCGAAUAUAUGAAAAGAAGAACCCUUUAUCCGGUUGGCAAGGCUCCAACAAUAGGCUAGAAAUCAUGAGGAUUGAAGAGAAAUUAGAGAAACGAGAGUUGUUCUAACUGUCUGACGUCUCUUCAAAUGACUUCCUCUCUCGCCUGCAACUAUCCUAAUCAAAUAAAAAGUUUUUUUUGAAUCGUUUUUUGUUGUUUAAAGCUUUUCCCGAUGCAUUGGGGUACUUCAUAGCUGACCUCGAGCGAUUUCUUCACUUAUGACAAGAUGUCGCUGCACGAAAGUUGUUUAAGAUUGGGCGCUUUACGACUGUAACGUUGAGGCAUUUUUUUCGAUGUUUCAGUUAUUUAAAACGGAACUGAACUUGUUUUGAGGAUUUAAAAAAAUUAGAAAAAUUUUUUACUUGUACAGGUAUGAAAUUCCAGAAAGCCCACUUGCCCCUGGCCGAAGAUACCUGCGAACUCGGCGUUGGUGGUUCCAUCGAGGCCGUUGAAAUGGCGAUUGAAGAGUUCGCGGAGAACAUCACGGCUCUACUGCCGGUCGAUAGGAAGGUCCUACUCGUUGGCACCGAUUCCGGACAGAUUAUCAUGGUUGGUUUGGGUGGAUUGUUGGAAAAUAGAGGAUUUCUAUCCCAGUCAAUAAAAAAAACUGAUAAGGUAAAAAAAGAGGGAAGUGACUUUUUAAAGGUUUUUUUCUAGAGAAUGACAGAUAUUUUGGAGUUAUUUUGAGAAUUUUUUCAUUUUGAAAAAUAGAAAAAAAUUUCGAGCCUUUUUAAAGCGAACGUAGAAUAGUAAGAGGUAUAGGUAGGAUUCGAAAAAGUUAAUUUUUUCAGUUUUUAAGGAUGCCGGCUUUUUUUUUGAACGGAAACACAUAAAGAGAAAAUAGUUUUUUUUUUUAAAAUUCCCCUGCACCAUCUUGUAUCGUUUCGUAUGCAUUUUUUGCUCUCAAAAAGCUUUCAAAUAUUUAUCGAAGGUCAGAAAAGCCAGUCUCAAAUGCGCGCCCACACACAAUGAAAUGGAGUUGUCAAUCAAAAUUCGACGUUUUUUCUGGGGCCACAUACAUCUUUUCCCUUUUUGGUUGUUGCUUGUUAAGCCGGUCGUGAGAAGGAGGAAAUGAAGAAAAAGUAUGGGUCAAGGGGGAUUAUUUUUGAGGAAAAUACCGUGAAAGUCUUUAGGAAAUGAGCAAAAAACCUUAAAAGUGUUCUUAAAAAGUUGAAAUUUAGUGACGCGAAUCGGACGGCUCGGAGCACUUCUAGGGAUCACCUUAGUAACGUAAAAACUCUUAAGUGAUCCCUUAAAUUGCUCAGAAACGUCCGGUUUUCGUAAAAGAUUUUUAGAUUAUCCAUGGAGCGCAGAAGCGCGGAAAAUGAUAUGAGCAUCUAAAAGUUAUUUUAUUAUCGUUGGAGCGCGAAAUCUCGGAGGAAAUAGCCGGAACCCAUCUCAAAAAAGAAAAACACGAUUAUACAGAACGCGCUUUUUAUAAAUUCUCACAGUAAACCGACAAAAAUGACUAGAAAGUCUUCAAGCUCAUUUUUUUCCCGCAUUUUUUGCUUCUUAAAUUUGUUGUCGAAUAGCGGCUCUUUUUUGUCAACCUAUUCUGACCCAAAAAUUUUAUGGCCUUUGUUAAAAGUGAAGAAAAAAAAACUCUCUGCUUAAUGGAAUGUAUGAACGCUAAUUUGGACUUCAGAUGAAAUGGCACGAAAACGAAUUGGCCGAGUACGGGCGGAAGGACGUCGGCGAUGACGUCACGGGCGCCGAAAUCAGGAAGAUGAUCCGCGUCGACGACCACGUUCUCGUGCAGUUGCCGCGUGGGGUAAGCUUCUUUUCGGGAUUCUAAGGGGUCACUUGAGGGGCUUAUAAGGGGGAAGUUGAGUGAUUAAAGCUCUAGGCGAUGAUUUGAGCAGGUUAAGCUUUGUCUUAAUUUUUUGAGUUAGGAACAUUUUCAAAUCGCUCUAAGGGUCACUCAAGGGGUAAAAAGAAUUGGUUAAUUAAAGUCCCCAUAUGUUCGGGUCCAGUAGCAGUUUGGGGGAAGCUUCUUUUUGUAAUUUUGAGUGGUCACUUGAGGGAAAUUCAGCGGAAUACACUUGCAGGCGGUUUUGAAAAAGUACUUUUAUUAAAAAAAAAUUUUUAUUUUUCUGAAGGUGUCAUGAAAGAGAAAAUGAUUCAAGUAGUCACUAUAGAGACAGAAAAUAUUGUAAUUGAUUUAUAUCAAUUUUUAGGUGAAGAUUUGUAGAGGGAGAAGUUUUUUUUUUAGAUGUUUUUGAAUUUUCGAAGAGAUCACUUAAGGGGCGGACAGCUGAAAUAAUUUCAAAACUCGAUUUAACCGAUGUUUAUAACAAGUUUAAGUGAUGCAGCAUUUUUUUCUGUCCAGAAUUUUAUGAAACAGCCUUUUCAUGUUUAUUUUAGGUUCAAGUUUUAUAAAAAAAAAGUCAUUUUAAUUUCCGGUUGGAUUUCCUUGAAAAUAGGUCGAAGUAUCCUUUAAUGUACCAAGCAAAGAUUCUGAAAGCCUCAAGCUGCAUUACUUUCUAGUUUUCGAAAGAUAAGGGCUCAAAGUCAAAAAAAAAACCCUCAAAAUCCGUAAAAUAGGCUGUUUAGAAAAUUUGAGCCCUUAUUCUUCGAAAACUAGGAAGUUUUGCAGUUAGAGACUUAUAGAAUUUUGUUUUUGGUCCAUCAAGGAACUUUCUGGCCAAUUUUCAGGGAUUUCCCAACCAAAAUUUAAAAUUACCUUCCUUGUCAGGUAUGAGGUGUACUUUUCCUAAAGACACACCGACGGUAUCGUUUUCUUUGUCAAUGAGUCGAUGAAGUAGGAUUAGCGCGGACCUGCCAAAAGGGCCUCCUUUGGCCGAGAAAGAGAGGGUCCGUUUGGACUCUGAACCAACCUAAUUGUUAUUCCUACGCCCGUCCUCCGCCCUGCUUUUGCUUGUCUUUUGGCGGUUGUAUAUUCGGGACGCCUUGGCUUUAUUAAUUGGACACCCCACGCGAUGAGGAGUUAGAGAAGGAGCCUUUUGAGGACAAUUCGGGGGCUCUUGAAAAGGAUCGAAUUGUUCUUUUGACUGGAAAAUUAUAGCGGAUAUUUUUUAAAAAGUGAUUUUUGUGGUUUUGUUGGUGAUAUUUUAAGGUGUGGUAGUGAAACUAAAUCCAUGAAAAGUUUGAAUUUUCGAAAAUUAUAUUAGGUUUCCGGGCUACUUCGAGUUGAAAUCGAAAGAUCAAGAUUUUUUUAAGAAAGCCUUACAAUUUUACUGAAAAAAAUUUUAAUCUAAAAAUCUUUUUUUCAAAAAAACUUGAAUUUCAAUUUUUUUCAUGAAAAAAACAGGUGAAUAAAAAAAUAAAUUUUUUUCAUUUUUUUGAAGGCUUUGAAAAAUCGCAAAAAAACAAUGUUUUACAGAACUUUCCUUGCAUGAGGAAAUUUUCCUUUUUUUCCCGAUUUUUUAAAUAAGUUCAUUUUAAAACAGUAAAAAGUUGAAAAAACUCUGAAAAACUCAAAAAAAUAAAUUUAUCAAAAAUAUUACCAAAAAGUGAGCGAUAUGCGGAAAACUGAACAAAAAAAUUGAAAAAAAAAAUCACGAAAAUUGUAUUUUUAAUAUAAAAUAUACUUAUAACAGUCUGACCUGUCUGCGCUCUCUCUUUUCUCACCGUCGAACGUGGAAACAGCAGGAGGAUAGGAGGUAGUCGGUGAGAGAAAAGAGAGCCCAUAGAAAUAAGACUGUUUCAAGUUGUGGAAUGUGAUAUUUCUCAAGUACUCAAUCUCAAGCUUUCUGAUUUUUAGUUAAACUUAUUUUCAUCUUGUAACGGCAAAAUCGUUCUUGUGCUGUUGGAAAAACUCCUCAAAGCUGUAAAUUUUCAAGAUCCUUUGUUUGCCUCCACAGAAACGCUUUUUUUACACGCAAGCUCUAAAAAUAGCUUUUAGCUGAUGGAAAAAUGGACAAGAUCAAAUGUCACUUUGGCGCCAUUUAUGGAGAUGCUCCAGCUCAUUUUGCAUACGAGCCGAGUAGUGUGUGAGCCAUUGAAACGUGUGGUAAACAAUGCGAGGAAGCGACUCCGAUCCAUAUUCCUUUUCGGGGGGUCAUCUCUCUUAUUUCCCCUCACUCAUUUGCACCCAAUUAAUAAACGGAAACUGACCAAAUUAACCGAGAAAGGAAGUUGGGCGGUGUUGUUUUUCAACUCUACAGUUGAAAGAUUGGAAUUAGCUGACAGGAAUAGCGGGAAAAAUCAGGUUUUUCAAAGCUAAAUUCGGGAAAAGUUAAAAAAAUCGAAUUCAUUUUCCAUUUUUAUCACGAUAUUUUCAACUUAAAAUUUACUUUCAAUACUCUUGAUCGAAAGAUUCUUAAAAAAUUUGAGAAAAACGUGACUGUUUUCAAAUUUUAAUCAGAUAAUCGAAAAGCUCACCAGAAAGACGCCAGUUGGGGUUGAUUAGCGCUUUUUUUGGUGCAGGUUAAGUUUUUUUACGCAUAGAAAUUUUUUUCAAUUUUUUUCAUUUUUGGUUUUUUUUUUUUUCCAAGUUUUACAGUUACAUUCUGUUUGAAAAUUUCUUACUGCAAUUUUAGAAGCCUUUGAAGACCUAAAAUCACACCGAAAACGGCUUUUAUUCCCGAUAGUUUAGUAAAAUACGUCCGUGCUGCUAUAAAUUCAUUAAAAAUUUAUUUUUGAACAGAGUAUCUGAUGAAUCGUUGAAUUAGGUGGAAUAUAGUCUUUUGACGUUUUUUGCGUAAUUAUCUCAUUAAUUCGAAAAAAUCCGAUUUUUCCUGAAUUUUUCAAAAAUUUGCUCAUUCUUAAUGAACUCGCAUAUUUUCUCAUCGGGCGAAAAAAGAGAUAUGCUGGAUGAAGGAGCUGUAAACCGCGUGCUGAAGAACGAACGUGUGAACGGCUCAUAAAGUAUGAUGAUGUGGAUUUACAACACGACGACCCAAAAGCCAGUCCUCAUCGGUUAUUGUGGCGCGCAGUUGUCAAAACAUACUGCGCAAGAUGGAUUUUCUUGUGAGAGAAGAGCAUCAGCUGGCUUUACGAGCACAGGAUGUGCGCCAGGAUAUAUAUUGUCAGAUUGGGUUUUGAUUUGCGAGAAUGUUGGUCGAAAUUCGGGAUUUUUUUGAUUUCGAAAUAGUUUUAUUUAUCCAUUAAUCUAAAUCAAACAAAAAAAAAAUACAAAAGACAGAAAAGGAAGCGGGGUAAUCUUAGAAAGAACUAUGUAACAGGUGACUUAUCGGUUCAAUAAUUUUUGAAACUUUCAAACAGAUCAAAUUAGAAGUGAUAAUAGAUGUAUUUUCAUCUGACAAGUUUCCAGUUGCACUUUUUAAUUUUGCUGAAAAAAAUCUUCAAAAUUUGCUUUUUUUCCAAGUACAUUUUUAUAUUUUUUCACGUCCUCAAGCUGUGUUCCUCUCCUUCGAAAAUAAAACGGAUAUUUUUUUAUAUGUUUCGUUUUUCAAUUAAAAUAUGAACUUUUCGAAUUUUAGAGUCAAAGAAAGUAGCUUAAGCACCUUGAAAUCAAAAAAUGGGCAGAUUCAAGAGAUAUAAACUUUCUGAAAAUUAGAAAAUUUCGCUCUUUUUCUUCAUAAACUUCGGAGACUGCAGAAAGGUUGAAAGCUUCAUUUUCUGUAUUUUCAGAUCGUGAAAGAAGAAAUCGCGACAUGUGCCCACCACAAAACCUGUGGAAGUUGUCUCGUUUCGGCGGAUCCCUUGUGUCAUUGGUGCCACUCGACUUUGACCUGUACAACCUCGGCCAGAUGUUCCGUUCCUUUGGUGGGGUUUCAGGAGAAAUAGAGUAGAUUCAUACGAAGGCUAGCCCGCUCGAGGCAGCCUCUCGAACUUUUUUUGAUUUUUGGAUUUUAUUUCAUUUUUAAAGUUCUAAAUGAUAAGUUUUUAAAACAAUAGGUCUCUUGAAAAAAAGCUUUGAGAGCAUUUUUUUGAAAAAAAAAAGAAGAUUUAAGGAAGUUCGACUUUUUUUAAGCUUUAAAACGUCCUAACAUUGAUUUUUAACGAGUAAAAUGGAACCGCCUCGAUUUAUUUGAAAGUUUGAAAAAAAAUGUAUUUCGAGAGAUUAUAAUUGGUUUUCGUACUUUACCACUUCUUCUCACUUUUCGAAAUCUCCUUUUUCAUUUUUUUCAUUCGUAGAAUUUUUUCCGACAUAAACUAGGUGUGGAUUUACUUGAUCUCGUUUUUUUUCUUCUUGAAAACUGCUUUCUCUCAACUUUUUGAUAUUUUUACAGGAUUUUUUUUGACAUAACUCUAUCUCAAAAACAGUUUUUAGAUUUACGAAAUCGAAAAAAAAAACACAUAAAAUAUAAUAAUUUUCAUUUCCAGUCCCCAAUUUGUCCUGAAACGGAUGGAGCGCCGAAGCCUGACCAGAUUUCCGUAAAUCAGACGGCCCUGAUCACGGUUCCGAUUCGACAUUUGCCACCACCUAACGGAUUUGUCAGUUUUUGAGUCUUGAAUGGUGAAACGGAAGAAAAAAACUGAUGAAAAAAAGUAGGAAAUUCCCAAAAAUAUUUAAAAAAAGGAUUGACGAUAGGAAAAAUGAAUGUCUUUGAAUUUUUUUGCUUUUUGUUUUUUGGGGGGAGAGGGGGGCGGAAUAGCUUUCAGCUUUAAUUGUGUUAUUACAAGUCUUAGAAAAGGAAAAAAAUAGACUUGGUAAUACUGGGAAGGUUAAAAAAUAAUUUGGAAUCUCUUUUUCCUAAAAAUUUCCAAGAGAAGAUUUUUUUCCUCCGCUUUUUUUAGGCACCCCUUCGCGGAGAUUUUUCUUGGCCCUUUGUUAUAAUUUUAUUUUUUACAGUGGAUUUUCGACUUUUUUAAAGCUUUUUUGUGCUCCAAACACUUUUCCUAACUGUUUUUUGACAAAAAAAAGUCUCUGAAAAAUAUUUUUCAAAGAAAAUUAUCCGAUUUCAGUACUAUCGCUGUUGGUUUGGCUCUGAGGCUCGCACGACGGCGAACUGGACGGAAAACGGAGUCGUCUGUCCGGCGAACGUCUUCUCAACCGAGAAAUUCUACACUUUGGCCGUCACGACGUCGUUGUCCACGUCUCCUAUCGUUGCCCAUAAUUUCAGCGUCUAUGAUUGUUCCACCUUGAAAACGUAUCAUUCAUUUCGCCUUUUAGAAGUUUUGAAGUGAUCAUUUUAGGUGUUCUCAAUGUUCUUCCUCGAAAUGGAGCUGUGAAUGGUGUCCGGCCGUGCAGUCCUGCUUGAGACAAGAUUCUUGCUCUGGGGUGGGUUUUCGGGAAGAAGUGAUUGUUCUUUAGAGAAUAGGGUUGAAGAAAACAGGAACUUCGUUUGACAAUCUGAGAAAAAAACUUGAAGAUUGAGAGAAAACAAGAGUUUUUAGAAUAAUGAUCUACAGAAAUAAAUUUUGAAGAUUCCGAAGGUUUUUUUUUGAUUUUUAAUAAAAGACAGAAGAAAUGAUCGAUCUUCAAUGACCAUUUUUAACUGAAUAGAAAAAUACAGUCCAAUUGAACUAUUUUAGAACUACAAAAACAAUUUUUUUACAACUAUUCCAUAAAAAUGAUUGAAACGGUUCAAAAAUAUUCAUUUUUUUCUCAUUCAAACUUUCCUGAGAUUCCAUCUUUUCAUUCAGUUUUCAACAGUUACUACAAAUCGAAACAAAAAAACCUUUUUUUGUUUUCCGAAAGUGAUAUUUUUUUUCGUAUUGAGAAAAGUUUUUUUGCACUCUCUUGAAAUUUUUAGUUUGAAAAAAAUUUUUUUAUAAUUUCUAUUGGAAAAAAAUAAAAAAAUUUUUAUCAAAAAAAUCUGAUGAUAGGAUUUUUUUAGAAAUUUCAACUUCUAGUUAAAAAAAUUGAAUGAAAAAAAUGGAAAUUUCAAGAAAAACUUGAAUGAGAAAAAAAGGAAUAUUUUUGAAUUCAAGCGAUUUCAUCACUUCGUAGUGAAAUAUUUAUGAGAUAUUUUUUUGAAGAUAUUUUGAAACCGUAAACUUGAUUAGAAAUAGGCUGAUGAAGGAUUUUUGAGAAGCUCUCCGGAUUUUAUGGAAAAAUUUUUAUAAAAAAAUGACCAUUGGCUAAUUUUUUUAUCAGGUUUUUUUAACUUUUUUUCUUCUCUAGGCUGAAAUUUUUUUCCUACGAAAAAAACGUUAUCAGCUUUUUUUGAAGGUCUUGAAACGAAAAAAAUCAUUUCUAAGAAUUGCGUUUGAACGAAAAAAAUAAGCUGAUGUAAAAAAAUUACAGGAGUCUUUCAGAAUUUCAAAAAAACCAAUAACUUUUCAAAAUUUCCUCAAAAAGUGCAUAUUAGGCUGUCCAACUUUUUACAAUAUUAGGAAUUUUUCGUGAUUGCUCAAAUUUUUUUUUAAAAAAAUAUUUUUUUCAUUUUCAAAAUUCCCAAAAAAAGCCAUAGAUAAGCUUUAGGGAGGUAUUUUAGUAAUAAGAAGCUUCUUUCCAGCAAUAUAAUAAAUUUUAUAAGUUCAAAAUUUCAGCCCAAAGCGAAAGCUUGUGUUCGACUUUUACCAAUGAAAGUCCCCGUUGCGAUCGGCUCCGAACAAGAAAUCGUAAUCGAGGCUGAGAAUUUGAACUCCUUAAAGUGGGAUCAAGAACAUUUCUGUCGAGUCAACGUCAGCGGGAAGGUUUCUCAUCAAUAGGAACCUAAAAACAGACUCAAAAUUCAAAUUCAGAUGCACAGUUCACGGGCGAAAAUCACGCCGGACGCGAUCCGAUGCGGAAAAUUGACGCUGACGUCGAGAAAUCGGAAAUUAAUCGCGAAUCAAUCGGUGCCCCUGAUGCUCACGACUAACGAGCAAAUUGUCGAUGUCGCUAAUCGUGGGUUUUUAUUCAUACCAAAAAUCCCUGUUUCAAAAUGAUUUCAGCAAAGGUUUUUCUGUAGAGGGAAAGUUACAGGAAACUGAAGUAACUGAGUCUAUUUUUCUUGAACUCACGGAAUUGAACGGCCCAAAUUACUCCAUAAACUUCUGAAUGUUUUUGGUAUCAAAUACUCGAAUUUUAAUGACUUACAACUAGAAUUGUGAUUUUUUAAAGUUAACGAAAAUCCGAAAAUUCAAGGAAUUUUUUCUUAGUUCCUUAAGGCAGCUAAGGUUUCAAUCUUAACAAUCAUAGAUUUUUGAACAUUUUGGUACCAAACAAUCGCAACAUGAGCUUUUCCAAGCCCGUGUAUGAUUUCUUACUAUUUACCCCAAUUUAUAAAUUCAUUUUGCAGUGUCGCUGUACUCGUGCUCGUCGCUGGCGAGCGACUGCUCGAGCUGCCUGUCGCUGUUGCCGUCGCUGUCGUGCGGCUGGUGCCAGGGCCGCUGCUCCCACGACUGCCACCACCUCAAGUACACGGCGUGCGACCCGCCAAAGAUCCUCCAUGUUCGCUCCUGCUCUCAUCUCUGAGAAAUUCAAUGAUUCCAGUUCGAACCGACCUCCGGCCCCGUCGAAGGCGGCACCAUCCUCAGUAUCUACGGAAAAGACUUGGGGACCUCCAUCGAAGACGUCCGCGGAAGGGUUCUCGUUGCCGGCUCAAGAUGCGAAGUCAUCGAUUACAAGAUCUCGAAUUUGAUCGUUUGCCGCCUUGAAAAGGUGUCUUUUGAGAUUUUUUGGACGCAUUUGGAAUGGCUAGGACUUGUCGAAAAAAGUUACAAUGUGGCGCAUGUUCACGGGGAUUCAUUUCGAACAAUUCUAUCAAAUUUGAAAAGAAUACGAAAAAAAAAAUAAAGAGAAUCUGGAAAAGAAUCAAAGAAUUUUUCAAAAAAAAAUAAACGAGAAUUCGAUCAAAAAGAAGCGUCCUUUGAGCUUUUUUCGGACGCAUUUGCAAUGGCUCACACCGUUACGGGUCAAAAUUUGUGCCAAAUAAUGUCGGAAAGGGUUACUGUAAGGCUUUUUUGUGUAUGCACCCCACUAAAUAAGAUCCUUUUUGAAAUGAAAGGACUUUCCAAUUUUUUUGACUACCUCAAAAAAACAAUCGAUGAAAAUUUAAAAAAACAGAAAAAGACGAAGGAAAAAUCUUGACAUAAAAGAGAAGAGAAAAAAAUUUUUUUCAAGCAGAAAUUUUUCCUGAACUUUUUAAUUUUAUAGGGAUCUAGCACUUGAAAUGGUUCAAAAAUCUGUUUAAAAAAAAUGAAAGGCCAUGUUUUGGUAGUGAAACCUUCACUUCAACGGUGAUAUCCAUGAAAAAAGAGCAUUUUUCCGGUUUUUUUUUUGCGUUUUCUUAAUAUUUCUGUCAUAACACUCAUUUUCAACUCAACUCUCUCAUAAUUUUUCAAUUUUUGACUCAGGGAACUGCUUCUGGACCCAUCCGAGUUUCCGUCGGGCGGACUUCCAUCAAAACGGCCGAAUCGACGUCUUACUUCUCAUUUGUUCAAGUCUCCGUCUUCUCGGCCUAUCCGCUCUUCGGACCGAUCUCCGGAGGGACGAAAAUAUCCCUCUAUGGCCAGAACCUCAAUUGUGGCACGAAUACCAGUGUUACCGUCGGCGAUUCUCCGUGUGGCUUUGUUGGCGAGGUGAAUAAUGGAUUCAGUUUGAAAAAGUGAUGGGAAAGGUUGAUAUUACUCUAGGGAGAAGCUUAAACUAAUCUCUGAGAGGAGAAAAAUAAAUGAAUAUUUUAUAGAAAAAGUGAAGCUUUCUGCUCGAUUUUUUCAUUUUUUCUAACUUAUUUGGGUAAUAUUUUAAUCAUUUCCUCAUCCGAAAAAAAAAAAAACGGAAAGUAGUUGGAAUCUAUAGAAGUGGAACUAGAUCCAAAACACUGAUUUGCUUGACUCAAACUAUAAAAAGUUUAUAUCAUAUCAAAAUAAAAUAAGAAAUAUCUUUCAGAGCAACUCGACAUCCUCGCUGAUCUGCACCACCCCUGCUGGCCUCAAAAUCGGCAAAUCAGCAAGGGUCGUGGUUCGAACCGACAAGUCUACAGUCACCUUGGAAACUCCUUUUGAAUAUCGACCGGAUCCGGUGGUCACCGGAAUUUAUCCACAUUCUACUUUCCGUUCUGGCGGCAGAACUGUUUCCAUUCAGGUGAAUUUUGAACUCGAAAAAUUUAAUUUUGCAUUUUUUUUUAAAUGCAUUUUCCAUGACUUGAAACCUUCUUUUCGCAUUGAGAAUGGCUCAAGGCGAUGAAAAUUUAGUUAGCGUUUUGAAUAGUGCUCUUUGCGCAAGUCACUUUUGGUCGGGUGUAAUUUCAAAGCAGUCAAGCCAUUCCCAGUGCGACCAACUUCUUUUACAAGUAUUUUGAUAGAUUACUGUAAGAGCUUCAUAGGUUACUGUAAGAACUACUUAUAGAUUACUGUAAGAGCUACUUAUAGGUUACUGUAAGAGCUUUAUAGGUUACUGUAAGAGCUCUAUAGGUUACUGUAAGAGCUAUUUAUAGGUUACCUUAAAAGCUACUUAUAGGUAACUGUGAGAGCUACUUACAGCUUACUGUAAAAACUAUUUAUAGGUUGCUGUAAGAUCUUUUCGAAACAGAUUUCUUUUCGAUUCAACUAAGGCUAUUCUUAAGUUUUUAUUGGCUCUAUAGAGGAAGUGAUAAUUUGAACUUUACCUCCUCGAUGUACUAAUUUUUACGACUAGAAGUCCAUAAAUCACUGUAUGGGCCUCUUAACACUGUUUCGUUACAAUUUGUUCUUGAAGCUUACUGUUUCUUCCUGAAACUUGACAUAGUAAAUUUGAAGUUUGUCAAGUUGUUUUUUUCCAGGGAAUCUCCUUGGAUUCUGUGGUGUCUCCGAGAAUGUACUUUGUCUCCUCGACGAUCCCACCGUACCACGUCGUCUCUGAGUUAUCUUCGUGUCAAGUCGUCAACGCGACACUGAUGACCUGCCAGACGCCGAAGAUCCUGGAGAAGGCCGCAAAUCGGUUGGAGUAUUCUAGGUCUUCCGUGACGUUUGUAGUUCUUUUUGAACGUCCUGAAGUUUCAGAUUCCCUGUUGGAUUCGCCAUGGACAACGUGACAAGCGUCCAGAACUUGGGCCGAAGGAUGGAGAUGAACGUGGCGCCGGACCCGCAGCUCGCGCCUUUCAAAGGUACAGACGACUAGGAAAUAAUUUGGAAAAAUGGAAUCUUCUCGUCUUUGAAGUUGAAAAGGAACGGACAUUUUUUAAAAACCUUCAAGAUCAGGAGGAUCGGAAGUUUAGUUAGCCUUGGGAGUUGAUCUUUUGAGCUUCUCAAUAUUUACAAAAAAAUGGGCUAAGUUGCACUAAUUAUGUUAACAGUAUCCAGGAAGCUUCAAAAAACCGGUUUUAGACAGUUUAUAGUGAACUAUGGUUUUUUCCCCUACCUUCCACCUUUUUUUCAGGCAUCAGACUACACCAAGGCGAGCAGCCGUUGAUCCUCGAAGGAAAUCAUCUUAACCGAGCCGCUGAGCCUCACGAUUUCAAAGUCUACAUCGGCUCGGAACGUUGCUACGUGACGCUGGUCGAUGUCAAGCAGUUGGUUUGCUCUGGGCCCGUUCGACAACCGGCCGCUACUGAUGAGAAUGGUAAGUUAUAACAAUUCGGAUUUGACCAAACAGGCCAUGUUUCUCUGGGAAAAAAAAAACAGCUUUUAAGCUUUCGGUUACUAGAAAAAAAGAAGGGUUGCUUCGUGAACGAAAUUUGUAUUUCAGUCAUUUUUUACUAGUCGAUAACUGGCAGGCCUCAUAAAUAAAUGAAUAAAAAGGAAAAAAAGGCGCUCAAAAAAAUUCUCUUGAACAGAUUGUUCUCUUCUGAAUAAAAAAAUAUCGAUAUAAACAUUUCGACAGAUUUUUUUAUUCAAGAAUAAGGCAUGUUGACUGUAAAUUGACUGUUAUCAUUUUCAAAAAAAAAAGUCACAUCUCAAGCAAAUAAAAAGGUCCAUCUUCCAAAUUUCCAGGAAAAGCUGUCCUUGGGUCUCUUCCCCUCGUCACUGUCAUCGUUGGAAAUGUUCGGACGGAGCUUGGAUUGAUCGAAUUUGUCGAUCAUAAUUUGUCACUCCGGCUCUGGAUCAUGGUACUUUUAGGCCUUGUUAAUAAUUAGGAGAAGCUCAUCUACGACUGCUCACAAUACUGUGCAAAAUUCUUUAUAAGAUUCUGUUUUUCAAAACUACGGGGGCAAAAAUUGGCUGGCCUCUCAUUUUUGAACGCUCUCACAUGUAGGAUAACCUAAUGAUUCAUUCAAAAGGCGAUUUUCGAUCUAAUUUCGAAUUUUUACAUUAUAAAUCGUCAUAAACUAUAAUCUGACCAAUUUUUAGGUCAUUUGAAAUAACUUCGAGAGAAAUUUUCCUGCAAUUUACAAAAAAAAGGGCUUUGAAAGUUGAUUUUUUUGGCUUCACGAAUAAAAAUCAAGCCACCUUGAUUGCGAAUUUUCAAAAAUGAAUUUUUUUUUUCUUUAAUAAUUCUGACCGCAUAGAACUAGGUAUUGGAAUUUUCUAAUAAACAUAUUGCAAAAAGCUCGAAAAGGCUAUAAAGGAAAUGAAAAAAAAGGUGCGAAAGUGGUGAAAAUGGUGGUAGAGCGAGUGUGAACGAACUCUAACUUUCGAAGAUUUGAGCUCUGAAAGUUCGAACAUAAGUCAUGAAUCUCGCGGUUAUUUAUUCUCUAACUUAGGUCGCCACCACUUCAUUCGUCCUGAUGAUAGUUUUAUGUACGCUGUGUGUGAUUUGGAAGAGAAGACGUGCCGAGAGAGAAAGAGACUAUCGGAAAAUCCAGAUGCAAAUGGAGAGCUUGGAGAGCACUGUCCGGAAGGAGUGCAAGCAGGUAAAAAGACAUAUUAAUCAAAAAUCACUUCCAUUUUAUAGGCGUUUGCCGAGCUCCAAACAACACUCGCCCCGUCGCCAACCAGCGACGACGCGCCACUUCUUCCCUUCUCGAUGUUCGUCGAGAACAUUCUCUGGGCCGACGGCAUGACCAACUCGACGCCGACCCUUGGACACACGCUUCCGGUCACCCUGGCUCAGUUUCAUACGCUUCUCACCUGCAAGAACUUCAUCUUUGCGGUGAGGCUUUGUAGAAGAUUCUGCGAAAAAGGGGUUGAAAUCAGUCUGUUCCACACCCUUUUUAAAAAAUCUCACACGGAAGCUAUUUUUAUAGCUGAUUAACGGCUGGCUUGAUCCAUCAAACAAAGAGUCCUGACACGAUAAUAAAAGAGACAGUGCCUGUUUGGCGGAGGGCGCAGACACGCCACGCCCCCUCAGCGUCCCAAGUUAGCCGUGAAUAUACGCCUGGAAAGUGUCCGAAAUUACCUUUUUCGAAACUCAAAAUUUAAAUUGAAACUUACGUCAAUGUACCAGGUUAAUGGUCUUGAGGAUCUCAAACUGAACAGUUCUUUAGUUUUCGGAAAAUUAGGGUUCAAAGAAGUCUCAAAAUCCGCAUUUUUUCAUGAUUUUGUUAAUUUUCUAUGACUUUGAGGUGCUCAAAAAAAGGCUAAUUUUGCAAGUUUCAAAUUUUCGAAGUUUCAAGAUUCAAUAGAGCUUCUAAAAAUAAGGAGAUUUCGUCUCUUUUCCACAAAUUUCCUAGUCGCCUAAUAAAAAAAGACCCCAUGCGAGGAAACUCAUAGAAAAUUUUGUUUUAAUUUUUAAAAAAAUAGGUUUAUUCAAUGCAGUUCGAAAAUUUUCAGCUGGAAAGGUGUAUUUCAAAAUAAAGACUUUCUCGACUCUCAUUUUGCAAAAUUAGGCUUCCAAAAACUCAUAGGAAGACUUAAAAUCGUCUUUACAGUUGGUCGAGGUGGCCGAAUCGGACAUGUCGAUGUCGCCUGGAGAAAGGUCGAUGCUCUCCUCCCUGCUCAUCUCGGUUCUGCUCCGGAACUUCUCCUACUGUACUGACGUCGUCAUCGACCUUCUGAGGGCUCAUAUUGCUAGAACUGUCCAUGUGAGCACAAAAAAUCGAUUCUCGAAUCCGAAAAACUUCAGGCCAAAAACGCCGAUAUGUUGUUCCGACAAAGCGACUCGGUGGUCGAGAAAAUGGUGGCCAAGUGGAUGAGCAUCUGUAUGCACGCCCACAUUGGAGGACAGAUCCAGUCUUUCUAUAGCUUGUACAAGGUUGGGAAGGUUUUCUUUUAUUGUUACGGUUCAGAAAAAAAUUGAAAAAAUGAAAAAGUUUUAAAAAUGGAGUAGUUUACACUGGUUUUUGGGCUUCGUGGGAAAAAUCUGAGUCGACUUUCAUAGAAGGAUUCUCUGGAUAAAUUUCCGGGACAGGCUCAGUUUUUUUCUCUAGCUUUUAUAAGGUUUAAAGAAAUUUUUUUACAGUGAAAGUUUUAAAAAAAGUUCAAAAAAAUGACUAGAUUUGAAAAAAAUUGAGAAGUUUGCACUGGUUUCUAGGCUUCAUGUGGAAAAAUCUAUGUCGGCUUUUCUCAGAAUAAAUCUCUAGAAAAAAAUUUCCAGGACAGGCCCAGUUUUUCUCUAGCUUUUAUAAGGCUUAAGGAAAUUUUUUUAAGUAAAGGUUUUGAAAAAGUUCAAAAAAUGACUAGGUUUCAAGACUUGAGUACCUUAGUUUUUGGGCUCCAUGGAAAAAAUAUGAAUCGUUUCUAAAAUUCUAGAAAACUUUCCAGAACAAAACCAGUCAUUCUAUAGCUUGUCUAAGGUUUGGAAAAAGUGGUCGCAUUUUACAGGAAAUCAAAAGAAAAUUAUCCGUAAAUGACUUUGGAAAUUUUUAGCUCAGAAAAGGAGUUGAGGCGCCUUUAGACUGAUAGAAAAAUUCUCGAUACGAUUUUAACUUUUCAAUUCAAUUUAUUCAGUCUUCAGAGUAAGAUGUAGAAAAAAUAUGCUGAAUCAUGGUAUUAUCGAAGAGUUAGUCGUCGGCGCGGGUUACGGUCCACAAUCGUUGUCCAAUAAGUCCUGACGUGACAGCGUUGGGGAAUUGGUAGUACCAGCGAAUAAACUGCUUCACCAUGUUGGAACAGUACGGCGCCCAGCUUGUCCAGGGCUGACGGGCGCCGGAAUAUUAUCCCAUCAGAGAGCGGCAAUGAGACCGACUAGUCGACGUGAUGAAAUGAGAUAAUAAUCCUAAUUUUGACUUAGAUUCGUGUUUUUUGAAGUUUUCAGAACAAAAUGAGAUGUUCUGGAAAUACCUGAAGAUUCAUAGUUAAGAAAAAGAGUAAUGAAAUUUUCGGGAGAACGGCUAGUUUUUUAUUGAAUCCUUGGGCCGAAUUAGCUUGAAAAUGAAUCGGACUACUUUUUUCAACUCGAAAUGCUGUCGAACCCAAAAUUUGUAGAGCUCUAUCCGUGAAGUGUAAGAUUUAUUCCUUUUUUUUCUGAUUUUCUUUUUUUUCCCGAAAAACGGAAUUUUUUGGCUCACAACUGAUCAGAUGAAAGCUUGAAAAUGAAUCUAGGAUCAUUUUAUCAACUUGAAUAUUUUUCUAAGCCAAAUCCAUUAGACUUUCUGUAUUUUUUGUGAAGUAUAGAGUCAUUUCAGUCCGAAAUCAAUUUCAGGCUCUGAAAUAUCAAACGGAGAAAGGACCAGUGGACGCGGUGACCGGCGCGGCUCGAUAUACCAUCAACGAGUCGAAAUUGCUCCGGGAAAGCGUCGAUGCCGCCACAAUUGUACUACUGAAAGCCUGAGAAUCUCUUGGAACCUUACGAAUCUUCAGACGAUCCGAGUGAGCCCCCUGGAAGGCGGCGAAAUGGCUUCCGUCGACAUCCACGCCUGCGACGCCGUCUGUCAGAUCAAGCAGAAGGCGAUCGACGUCAUCUACCGCCACGUCCCUCAUUCGCAGAGGCCCUCCAUCACGCAGUUCGACUUGCGUUCGUUCAUUUUCUCUUUAAUCAAAAAAAAAAAAAAUAUUUUCAAUUGAACAGAUGGUUUGAAAAAGUUCUCACAGGAAAAUUUCUGGAUAGGACUUUUGAAUGUUACUGGUUAUAGUCAUUCCUUCCCGACUUGAAACCCAUACAAUUUAUUGAAAAACUGUCGAGAAAUGAGAAAAAAGGUCGGCUCGUAUUGGACCUCGGUCUGAAAAUCUCAAUAAACCGAAUGUCGAUCACUUUUUUUUCCUAUUAGGAAUCUUGUCGACUUUUCAGAACUGCAAUGUCCUCGAAAUGGCGCCUUGGCGUUGAACGACGUUGGCGACUCGGAUACGCAGCGGAAUGGCCCGUCGAAACUGCGCACCGCUGCUGAUUACGGUCUGGCCAAUGGAGCGUACUUGCAGAUGACGCCGGCCUCCUGCAGGAUGGAGUGUUAUCGAAGUGAGUUUUAUUACUGGGUUCUGAAAAGAAAAACAGAAAAAGAAAUAUUUUAACGUUACCUAAUUGAUUUUGAGGGGUUUUUCUUGAUCCAUCUUCAGUAAUUUUCGAAAAAAUGGAGGACAAAGAUUUUCAAAGGAAGAUCUCCACUUUAUUCGAUUGAUUUUUGUUCUGGUAUCGAUUCAUAGAAAAAUUUUCUCAGGACCAGGUCAACGAAAUACAGUUUUUCAAGCUGUUUAUGAAUCUAUGCUUGACAGAAGUUGUGAAAGUUUUUGAAAUAAGUUAUGAAUUUUUGAAAAAAUCGCAUUUCCUCCAAAUGCAGUACAUGGUCAUGGGGAUCAGAUCUUGGCUCAAAAAUGGAAAAAAAAAAUAGAUAAAUAGUUGGUUUUUCGGACUCACCCUGGCCAGUUCUAUCUGCAAGCCAAAAAUAAGCUCAGUCGAGUUAUUCAUUUUUGAGUGGUUAUAACAUUUUUCAUGGACCUCUUUGAAACUUUUCGACCUCAGAUUUGGAAUCAGCGUUCAAAACUGCAUUUGGCAACCUAGUUUUCAUUAGAAGUACGAGGUCCAGAUCAUUAUUCUGAAUUUUUCUAUCUUCUGUACAAAUUCGACUUCAAUUUGAACGAUUUCCAGACUCCCUAGCCGACUCUGGGCAAUCUUCCUGGUCUUCUCUCGACCGAUUUUCGCCCGUCUACUCCCCGUCGCAGUACUAUCACCUCACCAACCCCUUGAGAACCUUGACAAUCGAUAAACGGAAAAAGAUCGACGACAGCAUCCCGAAAUCCAUCCCGGAAGUCUACCUGACACGGCUGCUCACCAGCAAAGGCACCGUUCAAACCUACGUCGAGGAUUUCCUCGAAUCGGUCCUUUAUAUGGAAGACGCGUCGUUCCCGCCGAUCCUCAAGUAUUUCUUCGAUUUGCUCGAUCGGGAAGCUGCUACCAAUGGGGUUUGUGAUCUGAUUGAACUUUAGAGGGGCUUAGAAAAUGCUAUGGUAUCAAAAUAAUCAGAAGAUUUUCAUUAUUUCGAGAAGAAAGUUUAUUGAUUGGUUCUAAAAAAAAUGGGUUCAUUGAUUUUAAAAAUCGGAUUUUCUAUCUAUCACAUACUUUACUUGAAAAAGGCAUAUUGAAAAAUCCGAUUUUCUAACUUUUAAGCUUUUCAAUGCCGCAACGCGUAAAUCGUUUCUGGUCGGUUGAACUUGGCGAGCCAUUCCCGAUGCGACCAGCUUUUCCUCAUUUGCGGGGAAAUGAUCAUGCAAAAAUUAUGAAAUCCUGAAAGAGCUCAAUAUUAAGAAAGUUUUAAGAAUGAGCUCAAUUUUAACUCAAAAAAAUUCGCUCAAAAAAUUUUUUUUUGAAUUUUGAUAGCGCAAAACAGGAAUCAACUCAAUAGCGACUAUAACUUAAAAAUCGAUUUUUGAAAUUUUCCAGGUUUCGGAAUCGAUGUGCCAGCAGUGGAAGUCCAACGGUUAUGUCUUGCGAAUCUGGGCGAAUUUCCUGAAAAAUCCCCGACUUCUCUUCGACAUUUCCGACUCGGCCUGUAUGGAUGCGAAUUUGAGUACCGUUGCUCAGACUAUGGUUUGAAGAGAAAAUUCUGAAAAUCGAUAAAAUAAUCGAUUUUUCAGAUGGACUGCUUCUCGUUUUCUGAACCCAACCUUGGAGCUCACUCACCGUCGUCGAGAUUGCUCUUUGCUAAGGUAAAAAGGAUCAGAAUUGAAGAUUUAUAGCAAAAAAAAAAGAAGUUUGGAAUUCUGAAUUUUUGGAUCUUUUUGGAGCAGAAUUUGAGCAAAAUGCUCAUUUUGGAUAUUCGUUGAGAAAUCGGUAUUUUUAAGAUGAAAGUACCUUUUUUUGGUAUUGAAAUAUUCAAAGUUGUUUGCAGGACGUCGCCCGCCUCAGGCCACUUUCCAGCGACCUCUUCCGGCGCAUCAAAAGAAGUCCACCACUAUCUUUUGAUAACUUCCGAAUGGAAAUCGCAAAUGUUGCGAAUGUAAGCUCACAAUUUUCUACAAAAUGAAAAAAGAAUAAUGAUUCCAGGACGUUUCUACUUGUAAAGGAUCGUCAGUUGCGCUGUCCGAAUUGCUCUCUUGGGUCAGGGGGAACGGAAUUCGCGUCACUGAGGUAUACAUUUUAAGUUUAGGAACAUAAUGAAGCAUCAUAGAUAAUUAAAAAACCUUGAGAAUCAGUGUUUUUGUGGUUAUUCAAAAUGACUGAAGGGAUGAAAAUGCGCAGGCCAGAAUAGGCGUGGUUACGUGAGAUGGGUUCUCCUAGUGGUCCCUUAGGUGGCUGAUUUCGAGUUGAGAUAACUAAAAACAAUGUCUUUUUCUUUCCGAGGCUAUUUAGUAAUUAUUUUGAAGUGAAAACUUAAAAAAAACUUACAAAAUUUUUUUUAACUCUGAAUGUAUGAGUUAUGACGUCAUGGGCUGCAGUAUUAUUUAUGACGUCAUAAACAGAAAUCGAAACUAGUGACGUCAUAUCGUCUUCACAACGAUAAAUAACUUCAAGUGUCCGUUUGAAAACUUAUUCCUCUUUUAAAAAAAUCUGAAAAAAAAGGUAAAAAAGCUUUUGAACCUGAUAGGAAGACGUUAACUUUUUUGGAAAGGAAAUCGAAAUAAAUCUACCCAAAAAGGUGUUUUGUUGUUUUGUUGAGCUCUUUUUAUUAAUUUAUAGGAGUUGACUCCAUCAAAUCUACCAAAAGAUUGACGUUAUUUGGAGUUCCGAUCGAAAUGACGUCAUAAAUUUCUGGAUAUAAACUCUAUUCGAUAGUUUAAUCUGAUUACAUCAAUCGAUUCGUCUUAUUGUCAGCUUCUCAAUAAAAUAAGUUGUCAACGAAUCGAGCUUCAUCUAAAAGCUUCAAACUUGUCUUUGUUUACAAGUCAAUAUUUUGACAAGUUAUCAGGGAUUGAGAUAUAUCAUUGGAACCGUCUCAAGGCACUCUCUUGACUGACAACGGUUUCUUCCGAUUUUUAAGAAGAUUCUAUGAAAUUUCUGGCGUCAUAGGUCGCUUUUAUCGAGUUAUGAUUCGGCUUAAAAAUUUUGCUAAUAAGUUUGAAAAAGCCAAGGCGAUUUGAAGAACGCUUAUUCACCUCCAAACAAAAGCCCUCUUUGAUAAAAUCAAUGGAACCCAAGUUGAAAAAAUCAAUUUCCAGAUUCUCUCGACGGAUUCGGAAGCGUUAGCCCAACGAUUGCCUCAACGACUUUCCCAAGUUUUGAACGUUUGCCUCGAGCCUGAACAUAUCUACUCGACAAUCUCCGACUAUCAAUAA